GUGUCUUCUGGUUGACUUGUGAAAGAGGUACAAAAUGGCUUACAGCGUGACUCUGAAUGGACCUGGACCAUGGGGUUUCCGACUGCAAGGGGGCAAGGACUUCAACAUGCCCUUGACCAUCUCCAGAAUCACCCCUGGCAGCAAGGCAGCACAGUCACAGAUGAACCAAGGGGACCUUGUGGUAGCCAUUGAUGGAGUCAAUACUGACAGCAUGACCCACUUAGAGGCCCAGAACAAGAUCAAGUCAGCCAGCCACAACCUGAGCCUCACUCUUCAGAAAUCUAAACGUCCAGUGCCAGUUUCAACCACAGCACCCAGAAUUGACUCUCCCAGGGCUGUUAUUCCGCACCAGAAGGUCGUAACCAACACUGCUGCCAACACGGAGUUCACGGAGCGUUUCAACCCCAAUGUCCUGAAGGACUCUGCCCUGUCUACACACAAACCCAUCGAGGUGAAAGGCCUAGGCGGCAAGGCUACUAUAAUUCACGCCCAGUAUAACACCCCGAUCAGCAUGUACUCCCAAGAUGCUAUCAUGGAUGCAAUUGCAGGCCAGGCACAAGCCCAGGGUGGAGAAUUUGCUGGUGCCCUUCCUAUUAAAGAUCCUCAUGUAGACAGUGCCUCUCCGGUGUAUCAGGCUGUGCUUAAAACUCAGAACAAGCCUGAAGAUGAAACCGAAGACUGGAGUCGCCGUUCUGCCAAUCUGCAGUCUAGGUCUUUCCGCAUCCUUGCCCAGAUGACUGGAACAGAGUACAUGCAAGAUCCAGAUGAAGAAGCCCUGAGGAGGUCAAGGCCUAAUGCUGCUUCUGCUGACCCCAGCUGCCUUUCUGCCUCUGCUCCUGCACCACAUGCUUCAGCACAUCACUAUGGUGAAAGUCCUGCUGCUUCUGCUACUUCAAAACCGAGAGUUGUUACUACUGCCAGCAUAAAGCCCUCUGUCUACCAGCCUGCACCAGCACCAGUUCAUUCCUACACCUCUGCCAACGCUGAGCCUGCAAGUCGCCCUCCCUGGGUAACAGAUGACUCCUUUUCCCAGAAAUUUGCACCUGGAAAAACCACCACCACUGUCACAAAGCACAUCCUACCAAGGGGUGCUCCAGUACCAUCUCCUGCCUCAACUUCUGCUUACCCACCUCCAGUUUCAACUUCUUCCCAGGCUCCUGCAAUAGCCCGGGGAACAGUUCAGAGGGCUGAGCGCUUUCCAGCCAGCAGCCGAACUCCUCUCUGUGGGCACUGUAACAGCAUAAUUCGGGGUCCUUUCCUGGUAGCCAUGGGUCGCUCUUGGCACCCAGAAGAAUUCAACUGUGCUUACUGCAAGACAUCCUUGGCCGAUAUGUGCUUUGUGGAAGAGCAGAAUAGUGUGUACUGCGAGCGCUGUUAUGAACAGUUCUUUGCACCAACCUGUGCCAGAUGCCACACUAAGAUCAUGGGGGAAGUGAUGCAUGCCCUAAGACAGACUUGGCACACAAGUUGCUUUGUCUGUGCUGCUUGUAAGAAGCCUUUUGGGAAUAGCCUCUUUCACAUGGAGGAUGGGGAGCCUUACUGUGAGAAAGACUAUAUUGCUUUGUUCAGCACCAAAUGCCAUGGCUGUGAUUUUCCUGUUGAAGCUGGAGAUAAAUUCAUUGAAGCUCUUGGACACACUUGGCAUGACACCUGCUUCAUUUGUGCUGUAUGCCAUGUGAAUUUGGAAGGUCAGCCAUUCUACUCCAAGAAGGAUAAGCCACUGUGCAAGAAGCAUGCACAUGCCAUCAAUGUUUAAAAGAAGAGUUGGUAGUCAGUAAUGCUGGGGAAAAACAGAUUACUAACUGGGCAAUUAUAAGGUUGAUAACAUGGUUAGCAUUUCUCUUCGUAAAAGCUAGGAAGUUUAUACUUCGGAAGUUUAACUUUAACCUCUUUUGUAAAUGCAGUUUUGCAAGGUUCAUACAAAAACCCACCGAAUGAACAGUCAAAACUAAAUGAACAAGUCCAUUUUUAGAGAAA